AUGUUGGUUAAGAAACAAAAAUUUGCUUUGGCUUGGUUCCUAAAGCCUGGUGCUGUAUCCAGCAGUAAAAAGGUGGUGGAAACAAGAAUAUGGCUUCCAGGAAAUCCCCAGACAGAUAACUCAAGAAUGACAAUGGCUGUAGUCACCCCCUUUGACUCGCAAAGAGGAACAAGCAAAGUACGCCACAGCGUAAUUCAAGUCACGAACCGGCUCAAAGGUCCGCACAUUAAGAUGCGAUCUGUACGCUUCACCAAGCGGACAUCUUGUCGGUCGGUUGGCCCUGGAGCCAAGCCGAUGCGGUCGGAACCAAAGGUCGAUCCUGAAGCUUCUGGUAAGUUUUAUGGUGACACUGGAAUUCCCAGACCUUUCACAGUACUUUUCCUUUGGACUAUCGGCGUGGUGAUUCACGUUGGGUUUUUUGGUUAA